AUGGAGCAAGGUGUACUCUUAGCACAAGAGAUGAAUCUUUCCAAUGUUAUAUUUGAAUCCGAUGCUACCUCGGUCAUCCUUGCAGUUUCCCAAGCUCUCAAUGGUGGUAUAAUGGGACAUCUGAUCCAAGGCAUUCAGCUUGCAAGGUCUUCUUUCUCCUACUGCUCUUUCCAACACAUGAAAAGGGACUACAAUAGGGCUACCCAUGAGCUAGCCCAAUUUGCCAAAUUGAAGCUAUUGCUGUUUCGUGAGACACCAUCUACUGCUGUUUAUUCUUUGACUGCUGCAAGUUUUGGUUACUGCUCACAAGAUUGUAUUGGGGCACUUGAUGGAACACAUGUUCGUGUCAAGGUGCCUAAUGAGGAUGCACCAAGAUAUCGGGGUAGAAAGGGUUACACAACACAAAAUGUGUUGGCGGCAUGCUCAUUUGAUUUAAAAUUCACAUACGUAUUACCAGGUUGGGAAGGAACUGCUUCAGAUUCAAGAAUAAUAAAGAAUGCUUUAACUAGAAACGAUAACUUGAAAAUCCCACAAGGUAAAUAUUAUCUUGUUGAUGCGGGAUAUAUGAAUAGAAGUCGUCUGAUUGCACCUUAUAGGGGAGUGCGUUAUCAUUUAAAAGAGUACUCUGUUCGUCCUCCUGAAAAUGCUAAAGAAUUGUUUAAUUUGCGACAUGCGUCAUUGCGCACUGCUAUUGAAAGAGCAUUUGGUGUACUUAAAAAGAGAUUUCCUAUCAUAGCAAGUACUACAGAGCCUAAUUAUUGUGUUGACACUCAAAAUGAAAUCAUUUUAGCAUGUUGCAUACUUCAUAAUUAUUUAAUGGGUGUCGAUCCUGAUGAAAGUCUUAUUGCUGAAGUUGAUGAAGAGGUUUUGCAUUCUUAUCGUGAACGUGUAGCCCCUACUCCAAGAGAAGAUGAUGAGGAUGCUAGGCAAGGAGAUAUUAUAAGAGAUUCUAUAGCAUUAGCCAUGUGGCAAAACUAUGUCCAAAUGUGA